AAUUUUCAACAACUAUUGAUAUUGGAAUUCAAGUAAAAUUAAAUAGUUCAAAUAGUAAUUAUUUAAUGCAAAUUAAAAUUUUAAAAGAUUCUCUUAAUAUACUCGCAGCUGAUUAUUCUAAACAAGUACAAAUUAUC